AUUACUUCAGUAACCUCCUUUUAAGAGAAGGUAAGCCUGAUAUACUGUAGUUGCAGGUGAUCUGUUAGAAAAGUGUGUGGGCAGGAUGUUAAUGUUUUGGUUAUCCUUUACUGACUGGUUCAGCUGGGGCCGCUCUAUCAACUAGGGGCUGGGCUUGGCUCACACACAAGUUUCAGCCAAUCAAGUGACAUAUGCUUGCUAUAAGAAGGCCAAGCCCCUGUAAGAGAGUUACAGUUGUUCAUUGCUAAACAAGAUACUGCACCACAUCAUCAUAGAGCCUAUCAUCCCUUCAGCAGUCAUGAAGGUUGCAUCUUUCAACAUCCAGAAAUUUGGGCAGCGUAAGCUAUCAAACCCAAACACCCUUGCUACCCUUGUGAAGAUUGUGUCUCGCUAUGACAUCAUAGUGAUUCUGGAGGUGGUGGACGAGAGCGGCACUUCAGUGGAAACGUUCCUGAAGGAAUUAAAUAAGUGUCAUUACAGGGCUAAUGAAAAUCAAAAAUACACUCUGAAAAUCAGCCCUCGUCUGGGAAGAGACAAAUACAAGGAGCAGUUUAUGUUUCUGUACAGGACUAAUGCUAUUAAACGUGUUGACACCUGGCAAUAUGAGGACAACCAGGCUGGAGAUGUGGACGCCUUCGCCAGGGAGCCUUACAUUCUUCGCUUCAAAUGUCUCCACUCUGUGCUUGAGGACUUGGUACUGAUCCCAGUGCACACCAAGCCUGAGGAUUCAGUGAAAGAGCUGGAUGAGCUUUAUGAUGUCUUCCUGGAAGUGACAAAGAAAUGGAAGACUGAUAACGUCAUGAUCCUAGGUGACUUCAAUGCAGACGGUUCCUACCUUUCUAAAAAGGGCAUGAAAGCCAUCCGUAUCCGCAGUGACAAAAAUUUCCACUGGCUGAUUAAAGAUGACGUGGAUACCACAGCAAACACAGGCAACGAUAACACUUAUGACAGGAUUGUGAUCUAUGGGGUUGACAUGCUUAACGCCAUCGUGCCAAACUCUGCCAAACCGUUCAACUUCCAGAUUGCAUAUGGGCUUUCUGAAGAAGAUGCCCUGAAGGUGAGCGACCAUUACCCUGUGGAGGUAGAGCUGAAAAGAAAAACACCAACAAAACAGAGCUCUGCGACUGGGAAAUAGAACCCUGUACAUGGACAGGAGGACAGAGGAAGUGAGUGAAGAGGUGAUGGAUCUGGAGAAGAAGGCUUAUAAGGAUGGUCAAGCUUAGGAAAAGUUACAUUGAACUGUGAUUAAAUCUUACCUCAUUACUAGUCAUAUUAAUACUGUAUAUCAUAUUUGUAUGUCUAGUGUAGCUACUGAUCUAAAACUGAUGUGUAUCUUGACCGAAUCUCAAAUAAAGAUGAUGGAGUGAAAAUCC